AGAAUCGAGAAGUCAGUGUGAAGUGUCAGCAAUGGAAGGUGGGUUUACGUCUGGACAAAAACUGCUUUUGCGGAUAUCACACCAAUACACAGUUAUAAAAGUGUUUCAAGUGCAAAACCCUUCGCCAAUGAUGCCUCCAACCAAGAUAUCUAUACGAACAGACUGCAUCCUAACAGCCAUGAACUGCUCUGACCAGGAUAUAAAUUCAAAUAUCAGCAAAUUUAAGUACAAUGUUACUUACGAAGGAGAAGGUUUGUAUGACGUACCGGCUAGUAUUAUUGCACUGCUGUCCAUCUUCUACGGAACUAUUUCUGUACUUGCUGUUGCGGGGAACUUCCUAGUGAUGUGGAUUGUUGCCAGAAGUCGACGAAUGCAAAAUGUUACCAACUGUUUCAUCUCAAAUCUUGCAUUGGCCGAUAUUAUCAUCGGGCUGUUCUCAAUUCCAUUUCAGUUUCAGGCUGCGCUGUUGCAGCGAUGGAACCUACCUCAUUUCAUGUGCGCCUUCUGUCCGUUCGUUCAGGUGUUGAGCGUCAACGUGAGCGUCUUCACCCUCACAGCCAUCGCGGUUGACAGACACCGGGCGAUUCUCAAUCCUCUCAGCGCCCGCCCCUCGAAGACAAAGGCGAAACUUAUCAUCGCUACAAUAUGGUGCUUAGCAACAGCAUUGGCUAUCCCCAUGGCUGCAGCACUCAGGGUGACCUACGUUGACGACCCAGACCCAAGUGGCAUCGUCCACGUGAAGCCAUUUUGCCAAAACGUUCACAUGUCUGAAGUUGCCAUGUUGUCGUAUCGCAUAGUACUGGUGUUGGUGCAGUAUCUUACUCCUCUCUGCAUCAUCUCCUUCGUGUACGCCAGAAUGGCACUGCGUUUGUGGGGGUCCAGGGCACCUGGAAAUGCUCAGGACAGCCGAGACGCCAACCUCAUGAAGAACAAGAAGAAGGUGAUAAAGAUGCUCGUCAUAGUUGUGGCUCUAUUCGCCAUCUGCUGGCUACCUCUUCAGACCUACAACGUUCUAGCAUACAUCUACCCAGAAAUCAAUCAGUAUAGAUACAUAAACAUCAUCUGGUUUUGCUGUGACUGGCUCGCUAUGAGUAACAGCUGUUACAAUCCAUUUAUCUAUGGCAUUUACAAUGAGAAAUUCAAGCGUGAGUUUCAACAGCGAUUUCCUUUCCCGAUUCGAGGGUGCUUUACACGUGCUAAUACAACUGAUAAUGACAUGGAUAAAUCGCAGACAUUGCAGACCCGUGCAUCAGUUAGAAGUUUCGACAGGAAUCGCUCCUGUUCUGCAAGAGCCCAACUGCAGUGCUCCCUUCUUCCCCCAAAUAACAGUUUCUACCGCGGAGUCGCUAUCCGCGGAUCGACCAGAAAGCCGGACACAAGUAAUAAUGGUGGUGUUGCUAUUGAAUUGUAUGUAUCACCUGACAAACAGCAGAAAAGUGGGCAUAGUUCAGACAUGGAAGAACUCUGAGUGUAAAUCAGAGGAAAGGUAUUCAAAUGAUCUCAAUAAUUUACCAAAGACUGAUUAAGAGUUAACAGAUAUUCUUAGGCUUGCAGACACUGCGCAAUUUAGUGACAAGUGGAGAUACGGACAAUAUAAUAUUUGUAAGCGAUGUUAAAUUUUAUCAACAAUCGAUUCUGGCAAAACAAAUUCAAUCUGUACGAAAAAUUCCAAAUACUAUCUUCAAAAUAAAUGUAUAGGUUGCUUCUUUGAUGUUUGUAAAAAGUUUAUCAUUGAUUUACUGGAUAUAUGAAAUCCUGACUUCGAAGCUUUGAUGAGACGUACUGUGUUUGUCACCUCAGUUACGCACUGUUUCUUACAGCACAUCUGAACUUCGUAUCUACCUGAUUAAAUUAAUUAUCAGCCUAUAUAAUCAAUGUCUUGUUUUAUGAAAUAAACGUUUUGUGCAGAUUCACAAAGA